CAAUGAUGACUUUAUUAUAUCAUUAUUCACAAGCUGUAAUAUUACAUUUAUUAUAGAAGCCAAGGGUCACGUUUUCCUGCAAUGCAAAGGUUAAUGCUGCCCUCAGGGCGGAACAGCCUCAGUAUCCGUCCUCUGAUUGGCUGGAUGUCCCCGCCCAACUCUUGUAUACGGCGCUCCCAUUGGUCACUGGACUUGUCACUCUUCGCUUUGCCCCUCCCUCUCUGGAAGCGUUAUGAAUGGUGAUAAGCGCAGUUCACACAGGACAGAACAUGGAGCUCUCCUAUCAGGCGAUAAAAACCGCGUCCCAGACCAGAGAGGCGGAUGAACAGAGGACGGAGGCUCGGAGGAAGAACCUGCUCAUACUCAUCAUGCACUACAUGCUGCAGGAGGGGUAUGUGGACUCGGCCAAUGCUCUAGAAGAGGAAACCAAACUGAACCUGAGAAGGUUUGACGUCUGUGAUAACAUCGACCUGGAGACCAUUCUCAUGGAAUACGAAAGUUACUAUUAUAUUAAAUUCCAGAAAUACCCCAAAAUCACCAAGAAAGCUGUAGAGACCGAUGGUAAAGUGUAUGCAAAACCUCAAAGUGGAGGAAGACUGAGAAGGACACCCAGUAAUUCCUCCCAGGGUCUUCCAAGAAUCACCAACCAUAAUAUCGUCCAGCGCCCAAAGUCCAGAACGUACCCAAGGAUGGCAGAGAGAGCAUCCAACAGAGAGAUCUCCAAACAGGAGAAUGGUAAUAGCAGUCCUCCGGAGGUCUCAGAAUUUGGAUUAAAUGUCUCUGCUAUAAAUAAAAAUGGAGGAGAAGGCGUUGCACAAAGACGAGGACAGGUCAUUGACUUUCGUGGAAUGAUCCAAGAUGCCAUAAAGGGGGCAUCCAAUGAAAUCGCUAUGAAUACCCUGAACUACAAUCCUGACCCUUCAGAAAGAUUACUUAAGCCAGUUGGUGCUUUUCUUGGUGCCAAUAGUGAGAUGAGAGAACUAGCUGCGGUGAUAAGUCGGGACAUUUAUCUUCAGAACCCCAAUGUAAGGUGGGAUGACAUCAUUGGGCUUGAUGCAGCCAAGCGACUGGUGAAGGAGGCGGUGGUGUACCCUAUUAGGUACCCACAGCUCUUUACGGGAAUUCUUUCUCCUUGGAAGGGGCUCCUACUGUACGGCCCACCAGGCACCGGAAAGACCUUGCUAGCCAAAGCUGUGGCCACUGAAUGUAAUACGACCUUUUUUAACAUUUCCGCCUCUACAAUCGUCAGCAAGUGGAGAGGAGAUUCUGAAAAACUUGUGCGGGUUUUGUUUGAACUCGCCCGAUAUCACGCCCCGUCCACCAUUUUUCUUGAUGAACUUGAAUCUGUAAUGAGUCAGAGAGGAGCAGGACCAGGGGGCGAGCACGAAGGAAGUCGCAGGAUGAAAACAGAACUGCUGGUUCAGAUGGACGGCUUGUCCCGAUCGGACGACCUGGUAUUUGUUCUGGCAGCUUCCAAUCUCCCUUGGGAAUUGGAUUGUGCCAUGUUAAGGCGGCUGGAGAAGAGGAUUUUGGUGGAUUUACCCAGUAAAGAAGCACGAGAGUCCAUGAUCCAGCACUGGCUGCCACCAGUGAGCAAUAGCGGAGGAGUAGAACUGAGAACUGAGCUGGAAUACAGCGUGCUGGGAGAGGAGACUGAAGGUUAUUCAGGAUCAGAUAUUAAGCUCGUGUGUAAAGAAGCCGCCAUGAGACCGGUGAGGAAAGUUUUUCAUGCACUAGAAAAUCACCAACAAGGGAGCCAGAACCUGCCCAUCAUUCGUCUGGACACAGUGACCACCUCCGAUUUUCAGGACGUUUUAGCGCACACAAAGCCUUCAGCCAAAAGCAUGGCUGAAAAAUACAGCGCAUGGCAGAAAGAGUUUGAGUCGGUGUGAGAGAAAGAGGAAGCAACAGCGGUGGGCACCACACAGCACGAGGAACAAACUGCCCUCAGUGGCGGGCACGCUCUGAGACAUGGACGCCAGGUUUCUUAUCCUGUUUAUUAUGGCACACUUUGCACAAUAGGAACUAUUUAAAUAAUAAAAAUACCUAAAAUAUUGUUUUCCUGAUGCAUCUGUGAACAAGAUCUACAGCGGAUAUGAAAAGUCUACACACUCCUGAUAAAAUGGCAGGUUCUUAUGUUAAAGAAUGAGAGAAAGAUAAAUCAGGUCAGGACCUUAGGGGGUACUCCGGUGGAAAUCUUUUUUUUUUUUUUUCUUUUUUUAAAUCAACUGGUGCC